GGGGUGGAGGGGGGUUAUUGUAAGACUGAAUACCCACAAACUGAGGCCAUAUGAUAAUGCGCGUGGCUCUGUGUAUGCUUAAUCCCAUUUCCUUAUCCGGGGUUUGUCCUGGAGGCUCGCCAUUGGCCGGCUGCCGUCACGUGGCAUCUUAACUUUGUUCACUUGACAGAAAAGUAGGAGGGUUCAACGGAGCAGGAAUAACCGAAGAGUAAAGGGAUGAGAUAUAAAUUUUAGUUAUAUAUUUUCCGAGUAGGUGCAAUUCCACAAAAAGACUGAAAUUAAUGGCCAUGAGCUCCUAUUUGAUCAACUCCAACUAUGUGGACCCGAAGUUCCCACCGUGCGAGGAAUACUCUCAGAGCGACUAUCUGCCCAGCCACUCUCCGGACUAUUACAGCUCUCAGAGGCAGGAGCCUGCUGCCUUUCAGCCGGACUCCCUCUACCAUCACCAUCAACAACACCAGCCACACCACCAGAACCACCACCAGCAGCGAGCCGAGCCGCCCUACACGACGUGCCAGCGCGCAGGGCAGCCCGCCUCGGUGGUCAUGUCCCCUCGGGGUCACGUCCUUCCCCCGGCCGCGCUGCAGACUACCCCCGUCCCGGAGCACAGUCAACGCUGCGAGUCGGUGACACCCAGCCCGCCUCCGCCUCCGUCUUGCGGCCAAACGCCCCACAGCCAAAGCACUUCUUCCCCCGCGAGCACUCGGAAGGAUCCCGUCGUCUACCCGUGGAUGAAGAAAGUCCAUGUAAACAUCGUGAGUUCAAACUACACGGGGGGUGAGCCGAAGCGGUCGCGGACGGCCUACACGCGCCAACAGGUUCUGGAGCUCGAGAAGGAGUUCCACUACAACCGGUACCUGACACGCAGGCGCAGGGUCGAGAUCGCGCACACGCUGUGCCUGUCGGAGCGGCAGAUCAAGAUCUGGUUCCAGAACCGGAGGAUGAAAUGGAAGAAGGACCACAAGCUGCCCAACACCAAGGUCCGCUCCGGGACAAACAGCAGCAACACAAACUCCCAGUCCCUAACCGGUUCCCAGAACCGCUCCACCGGACCACUAUAGCCCACUACCGCUUACUCUUUGUCUGAGAUGUGUCCUCCGUUUUUCCUACUUGAUUCCCAAACUGAACGCCUUGUAACCCCCGGAACCUGCACUUUGGACCGGAGUAACGCUUUGGAGGGAGGGAUGUGGCCCUGAUCUGUGCUGAUGUUACACACUAUAAUAUGACGUGUGAGGGUGAAGAGGGAGAUUUCCCAUUCAUAAAAAAAAAAAGAAAGGAACAAAACAGGCGAAGAAGGAAAGUGACAGAAACGAAAAAAUGAUGCGGUCGCUUAUUUGUUUUUAACCCUUCAUUCUCUCUCUGCCUCUUCCUCAGCUUUUUAGAUUCCUUUCUUAUUAUACCCCCCACCCCCUCCCUCCCUCUCCGCAUCUCUCUCUCCUCUCUAUCAGAGAGCACGGGACGGUGUAGGCUGAAUAUAUUGUGCUCGUGCGUGUGUGUGGUUCCUUUUUUUCCUCUAUCCGAGACUUUUUUUUGGUGAAGAUGGAUCCUCGUUUUCAUCUUUAAUCAUGCCAAACUCGGGCCCCAUUUGUCAUGUUUACUCUGCGGGUACAAAGCAAAGGGGUGAACCGCGGCUCUGCCCACUACCCCCCCCCCCACCACCCCCCCCCCCAAACCACUAUACCGAUCACCCUCCCACCCCACUCAAACACUCACACGCACGUGUAAUAAAUAAAUGGAACUCUCAUUUCGUCAAGAGAAGUUUUCAUACACAAACAGACAAACCUACACACACACACACACACACACACACAAACACACACACACACACACACACACACACACACACACACACACACACACACACAUCCCUCUGUGCGACCUGAUAAUAUUCCACCAUCAAAUAUAACCUCCGCUAUGAUGCAGAAUGAGAGCAUUAGAACGGUUGACAUUUCUCUUUAAUGACAAACUCAUAGCUUUUUCAAUUUUCAUUAUAGUUAUUUUUGAAUUCAGUGUUGAUUGUAAAAUGAUAUAAGCUGGCAUCGGUGUGAAUGACGGGAGGAUGCGUUCAUGUGGUCCGCUGAUUGUUCAUGUUGCCGACAGGGAAACAGACUGACAGACUGAACAGGGUCAUCUAGAGAAAUAAGGUGAAAUUAAGGAUUUUUUUCCCCACCACGCACCAAACACAGUUUAUAAAGCUGCCCAAACAAAGGACACUAAUAUUCAAACAAAUAGCUCCAGAACACAUUAUAGACGCAGCACUAUACAAUGUAGGGUACUACCUAUUACCUCAGCUGUACUUAUAUAUUAUUAUUAUUUUUUUAUAAUCUUAUUUUCUCUUACUCGUUGAAUGAAGUGACAGCUUUUCAAGCUUUUAUAUUUUUUAAAUUGUGUGACGAGUUAUUAUAAUAAUAAUUAUUAUUAUUACCUGCAAUACAAAAAAGCGCUAUUCAUUUUCCUGUAUGUGAAACAAAAAGUUAUUUAAUUCUAAGUAAUUGUUCUGUAGCCAGAGACAUUCAGAAAGAAUAAGGAGCCUUUUAUUGCAUGUCUGAAUGGUGUUGAUUCAUUUCUUUCUUUUCCUCGCACAUUCAAUGCGCGCACACUUUUCUUUCUCUCUAUUGUUUUUAUUCUGCCAGUGUUUUCUAACUGAUAUGAUUUUUUACAUUCCAAAGAUCAGGUUCUAACCUUCUCGAUGAUGAUGAUGAUGAUGAUGAUGAUGAUGAUGAUGAUAAUAUGAUAUGUAUGAUAUUGUUGAACAUGUGUUACCUCCCCGAUAUGUAAGUUGCUCCUCUCUGUGCUUAUGCCUACUCAGUGUCUACCUUCUUAUUAUUUGUAAAUAGUCCAUUGAAAUUUAAAUAAAUGGCUGAAAAAGCA